AUGGGAAAAAAGGCCGCAGGAGGAGGUGACAGAGAGGACCCCGACAAGAAACUACGAAUUGCCAUUGUGAAUUCUGACCGUUGCAAGCCCAAAAAGUGCAAACAGGAAUGUAAGACCCAUUGUCCUGUUGUGCGAACUGGAAAGCUUUGCGUGGAGGUCAGCAAAGACUCGAAGAUCAGUUGGAUCUCGGAGACGCUCUGCAUCGGUUGCGGUAUUUGCGUGAAGAAGUGCCCUUUCGAGGCGAGCUUUGUUUGUUAA